AUUGAUUUUCAUCGAAUUUUGAUGGCAUAAUCAUCCUUCUGCUACUAUCCUGGUGGUUGGAUUGUCAUUCGUCUGUAUUUAGUUUUAGAAACUUCUGGCAAAGCCCAUGUUUGUUAUUUGUUGCUUCAUUUGAUCGGUAUGGAGCACCUUCCUGUUGAAGUUAUAGGGGAUAUACUUUCUCACCUUAGGACUGCACUCGAUGUAGUUGUUGCUUCUGCUACUUGCAAGAAAUGGAGAGAGGCUUUCCAAUAUUACCUUCACUCUCUCACAUUCUUCGAUGGUGCUUCCCAUAUUUAUUGUGAUCUUAGAUCUGAUAGAUUGAAAACUAUCACCACUCAAACAAUUUUGCAGCCAAGGGGUUACGGUGUUUAUCAUUCUUUUUGAGAUGUUGUGAAGAGUUGACAAUUGAUGACGUGCUUCCUUGGCUCACGCAUACUAGAGAUACCUUGUGUGAACUGUAUCUGUAUGCUAGCAUAUAUCCGACUAUCAAAAUUCUUGAGAAAUGUAACGGGCAUAAACUUGAAGUUUUGGAGUUGGCUUAUAUUUAUAUUUCAAGUGAAGAAUGUAGUUAUCAAAAAUUUCCUUGCCUGAAGACACUUUGAUUCGAGCAUGUUGUUGUCUCAUUAUUGGAUUUGAACAUUCUUCUUACCUUUUGUCCAAAGAUUGAGAACUUGACUAUUGUGGAUCUGGGUAUACGUCUGUGUUCACCUCCGCAGACAACCUGGGUACUAAGUACUGUUUCAUUGAAGAUCAUAAAUGUUUCAGAACUCUAUUUAGAUAAGUUCAUACUGGAGGCUGAUAGUCUUGAGCGUCUGCACUUGCUAAUGUGUAAUUUUGAGCAUUUUCAGCUUGUUGGGAAAGGGGCCUUGAAGGUUCUGAACAUGGAUACUGCUAGGUUUUAUAUUU